GUAGACGGUUGCCGUUAAUGUGUAGCCGAAGGCAUCAGUGAAUUGUUUUUUCUGCAUUAUUUAGUAUCAAUCCAACAAAAAGAACAACUGAAAAUGAAAACUAGAAGUAUGUACAAAGCUGAACGAAUGUCUUUGGAUAGGCUUCCUGAGCCCGUAUUAGAAACCAUCCUAUGUUGUUUACUGACCGAAGAUGCAGCAAGGACAAGUAUCCUCUCUAGGGAAUGGAGGUACAAAUGGACCACUAUUCCUAACCUAGAGUUUAAUUUGAUUGACAUGGACAUGCAUGAUCUACACCAAGUUUUGUUGCGGCGCCAGGGUCCAAUACACGAGCUCACUCUUUCUGUGGGGAGUUACUGGAGGGAUGACUACAGCUUAUUUGAAUUUAAUCAGAUAAUACUUCUUUUGUUGAGGAACCAUACUGAUACUAUCAAGAAACUAAGACUUGAUGCAUGGGGCGGCCUUUGGAAUGAGUUACCCAUAUCUGUUUUCGCAUUGCAUCACUUAACGGACCUCUCUCUUUGUGGCCCUUUUGUUAUUGACCUUCCAUCAAUGUUCAAUGGCCUUGGUAGCCUUGGAAGGUUAGAACUGAGUUAUGUAGAGAUCUCUACACAAACUCUUCGGCGUCUUUUAUCUAAUUGUCCAUCACUUACGAGCUUGAGCCUGUAUAUUGGCUAUUCAGAUGAUAAAUGCACUAUUAAUGACCUACUCAAGUGCUUACCUGUGAUUGAACAUCUGACUAUUUCGAGUGAUGGCUGUAAGUGUGAGGUAAUAUUUAUCCACAUGAUAUAUAAUUGAAAGAAAAAUUGUGUACUUUGGCUGUUAAUAUUUGUUUUGGUCUAUGGUUCAAGUGGCUAGUUCUAGACUCGGAUCCGCAAGAGCUUCCAAUCUCACUAAUCCACCUCAAAGUCUUACGUUUGGAAAGAAUGUCUUUUGUUGAGGACUCUGGAUCAGCUUUUCUUCUUGCUUUGAUCAAAUGUUCCCCGAACUUGGAGAGAAUUUACCUAGAGUGGCUAUUUCUAGACUCAGUUCUGCAAGAGCUUCCAACCUCACUAAUCCACCUGAAACUCUUAAGUUUGGAAAGAAUGUCUUUUUUUGAGCGCUCCGGAUUAGCUUUUCUUCUUGCUUUGAUCAAAUGUUCCCCCAACUUGGAGAGAAUUGAGCUAGAGAUGAAGUGGGGAUCUUACGGUUCUGCUGUAAAGGAUGAAUAUUCAGAUGUUUGGUUGGAGCAUUUGAAAGAAUUGCAUAUUUGUUUUCGCGGCAACUCGGAUGAGAUGAAAUCUGUAAUGGAAUUUGUAAAGUUUAUCUUGGUUAGGUCACCUAAGCUGAAUAAGGUGACUGUAUUCAGUACGGCUGAGUAUUAUAGAGAGUCAGUUAUCGUAAAAACACUCUUAGGGGCCCCACGCGCAUCUCCGGCAGUAAUAAUUACCCUUAAUGAGUUUGAGUGAGAAUUGCUUCAAGACCUUUAUUGUUUAUAUGUUGAGAUUUAUGAUGAUAAUGUAAUGUUUGUAUGGCUACUUUGCUACAGUAUCAGUUAUUUGAGAUUUGGGAGUU